AUGGUCCAGGGCCAGGCGAGCAACAUGGAGGAACAGCAUCAAGUCCAGCACAGCUUCUUCAAGAAGGUGGACGUCCCAGACCAUGUCCACUACAUCGUGGCCUUCUUCGUGUGUAUCAUUGGAACACUGGGGGUGACAGGGAACGCAUUGGUCAUGUUCGCUUUCUGGAGUAAUAAGAAGCUGCGCAAUCUGCCCAACUACUUCAUCAUGAACCAGGCGGUGAGCGACUUCCUCAUGGCUUUCACACAGUCGCCCAUCUUCUUCAUUAACUGUCUCUAUAAAGAGUGGAUUUUUGGCGAGUACGGAUGCAAAAUGUAUGCCUUCUGUGGGGCUCUCUUUGGCAUCACCUCCAUGAUCAACCUGUUGGCUAUCUCCAUUGACCGCUAUCUGGUCAUCACCCAGCCCCUCAAGGCCCUUGGCCGGUCGUCAAGGCGUCGGACCACCCUGGCAAUACUAAUGGUGUGGCUCUACUCUUUUGCCUGGAGUUUUGCCCCACUCGUCGGCUGGAGCUCCUAUAUCCCAGAGGGCCUCAUGACUUCCUGCACUUGGGAUUAUGUCACAUACACAUACGCCAACCAGAGCUACACCAUGAUGCUGUGUUGUUUUACUUUCUUCAUCCCACUGGGAGUCAUCUUCUACUGCUACCUCUUCAUGUUCCUGGCCAUCCGCACUGCCAGCAGGGAAGUAGAGAACUUGGGGACACAAGUGAGGAAAUGCACACUGAUCCAGCAGAAGAGCAUUAGGAAUGAGUGGAAGCUGGCCAAAAUCGCCUUUGUGGUCAUUGUUGUGUAUGUGCUGUCCUGGUCGCCGUAUGCCACCGUCACCAUGAUAUCCUGGGCAGGACACGCCAACAUUCUAUCACCGUACUCCAAAGCCGUACCUGCAGUUAUAGCAAAAGCCUCUACCAUCUACAACCCUUUUAUUUAUGCCAUUAUACACACAAAGUACAGGGCCACAUUGGCAGAGAAGGUACCUUGUUUGAGAUGUCUGUCACCGAGAAAGGGCAAAAAGGACUUCAACAGCGAGUCAUCCUUCCGAGAUUCCACUAUCAGCAGGCAGUCGUCCGUCUCUAGGAACCAUUUCUGCGCCACAUCCUCCAUCUCCUCCAGUAUGGUGUUUGGAGAUGUGGUGCUGGAUCCUCCAGAGCGUAACCACGCCUCCUUCAGAAGCACCUCGUCCUUUCAAAUGCCCAAAGACAAAUGUUGCAAGACCAAGAUUAUUUGUGCCGCAGAGCCCAGCCACGCACUGAAGAAGUCUAUGAGCGCCAGUGAACACGAGGUAGUGUCUGGCUCCGUCUGCAUGGCAGCCGUCCCCCUGCUGGCCUUAUCGAAGAGGAGCCAGAGUGUCCAGCUAACCAAUGGAGGAGAGAUGACAGAGAGCGAAAGCGGCAGCGAGCGCAGGAGCACCUUGGACUCUCCUAGUUUACGAGCCCAGCUUUCUCACCUCUCCAGUAUCCCGCAAAUCAUCAUCAGCCCAACGUCGGAGAGCAGCUUAAUGUCAGAUGACAACUUGUCCUUAGUGGAGAAGCAGGGAGCCAUGAUGAGUCACGGGGAGGGAGAACUGCUGGUGGGGCUGCGGAGCUGUUCUUCAGAGCUACUGGAGUCAGUGGAAAGAUUCCUCUCCUGA